AUGUCGUUAGUUAAGUUAUUUUCUACAAGUUCUUCAAGAUUUGUCUCAUGCUUUAACAAAUCUUUAGUUUCAUUUUCACAGAAAGUAGAUGUCUUAUCAAAAACGGCUGUAGAAAAUUCCUCUCAUAGCAGCUGUUUGGAACAAACUAAUGAAGAUUUAUCGACUUUCACAACGUAUUUUCCAAAAACAUUUAACUUGGCCUCAUACAUCAAUAAUUCUGAAACUUUGCAAAAUCUUCUUCAUCUAGAUGUAAAUUUAAGUAAAAUAGAAAAAAAGCCACAAUUAGUAGAGAAAAUACUGAAGCUCAGCUGUGGAAAUAUAGAAAAUUUUAUUCUAUUUAUAAAAGAUUAUGUGAAUGUGGAUGAAAUUGGAACAUUCAUAACAAAAAAUCCGCUAAUACUGUAUGAAUCACUUGAAGACUUAAAUGUCAGAAUCAACUAUCUACAGUCAAAAAAAUUCUCCAGUAAUGACAUUCAAAGGAUUGUUUCAAAAAAUCCUUAUUGGCUCAUGUUCAGUACCCCCAGGAUAGAUAGAAGAUUGGGCUAUUUUCAAAAGAAGUUUAAUCUCGCUGGACAAGAAGUCAGGCAUUUAUCUACAAGGCAACCCAGACUUAUUACUUAUAAUCUUCAUCAUGUUAUGACUAAUACAUUUGUUAUCAAAGAAGAAAUGGGAUUUACAGACAGUGAACUAAAGAAACUACUCUUAAAAAAACCGAAGUUAUGGAUGAUGAAUCAACGAGCCCUUUUGGAGAGAUUUAAUUAUAUUCAUAAUGUGAUGAAGAUCCCUCACUUAGUUAUCCGUCAAAAUCCAGAGGUAUUAUUAUGUAGAAAUUACAUAGUAAAACAACGUCAUAUGUUUCUGCAAAAGCUGGGACGAGAUCAAUUUGAACCAAAGAAGGAAAAUUUUAUUCCAAUCAUGGCGUUAGCUGAGGGUACAGAUACAGAAUUUUGUAAAAAGUAUGCCAAAUGUAACAUAGAUGAUUUUAAUAUGUUUUUAAAGACAAUAUAA